AUGUACCUCCUUCCCAAACCUUCAUCCCACCUCCUAGGCGGGGUUCUCGCCUCUCUCUCCCUCUCCCUCUCCCUCGUUAUCUUCCACUUCCCCGCUUCCGUUUCCGCCUCGCCGGUCUCCCCAAAACCAAUACCAAUGACAACCCCAAAGCACCUCAGGGACAUUCACGCCAGGCUAGAGGUACCUCUAUCAUACCCAACAGACCUCUGCUCAACAAACACAACCACCACGACUCCCACAAAAAUCCCACACCUCUGGUCCGUCUCAGUACAAAACAUAACCUACUCCAUCCCAGGUAUCUACGACGUCCCCGGCACCGCCACAUUCACCGUCACCAACACUUUCACCAACGUUACGGAGAAAAUAGCCUGUGGGCUGCGGUUCGAUAGUCUCUGUGAUGUUUCGUUGAGUACCACGAACACCAAGACGCAAAGCGUCGGAGGGGGAGGUGGAGUGUUGGACGUCAGUUUUCAGGCGCUGAUUGAGGUUGCUUACGUUACUGUUGUUGAGAGCGUGAGUUGUGAAGGAAAGAACGGCAGUGUGAGUAUGAGUGUGGGUGGGAUGGCGGAGGUUUAUCUGGGGUGUGAUUUUGAGGGGAGUCCCAGGAGGUGUUGGGGGGAGGAAGGGGGGUGGGUUGAUGCGGAGGUUUUGGGGGAGGUGCCCGGUGGGGAGACUGGUGGUCGGUAG